AUGGGCGAAGGAGAGCCCCGCCGCCCGGCCGGCGCUGCGGAGGAGCGCAGGCAACGCCGGCCCCGCGCGCUCCUCCUUCCGCUCCGCGCGCUCCCCGAGCCGAGCUCGGGACACUGGGACGCCGAACAGCAGCCAGACAACUGCCCGCGGGACGGCAGAAGGACGCGCGGACGCAGCGCAGGGUCGGACCCGCCGGCGAAGGAGUCGCCCGCCCAGGGCCCCGGCCAGUGCCCAGCCCGGCUGGGAACCCCGGCCUGCACCACGGACGGCACCCAGGAAGCCCGAGUGCCCCUGGACGGGGCCUUCUGGAUUCCCAGGCCCCCGGCAGGUUCGCCCAAGGGCUGCUUCGCCUGUGUGUCCAAGCCCCCCGCCCUGCAGGCGCCAGUGGCCCCCGGCCCCGAGCCCGCGGCCUCGCCCCCCAUGGCGCCCACUCUGUUUCCCAUGGAGCCCAAGAGUGGCAAGACGGACAGCGUGCGGGCUGCUGGCGUCCCCCAGGUCUGCAAGCACCUUGCGGAGAAGAAGACGAUGACGAACCCCACGACUGUCAUCGAGGUCUAUCCGGACACCAGUGAGGUGAAUGACUACUACCUGUGGUCCAUCUUCAACUUCGUCUACCUCAACUUCUGCUGCCUGGGCUUCAUCGCCCUGGCCUACUCCCUCAAAGUUAGGGACAAGAAGCUGCUCAACGACCUGAACGGGGCGGUGGAGGACGCCAAGACAGCCCGGCUGUUCAACAUCACCAGCUCCGCCCUGGCCGCCUCCUGCAUCGUGCUGGUCUUCAUCUUCCUGCGGUACCCGCUCUCCGACUACUGAGGCCCCUCCGCCGGCCUGCGACAGC